AUCACACAUUUGUCUUUUCCGGCUUUUUGGAUAUGGCUGCAAGGUUACUGCUGAGCUCUGCUGCCCGCGUUGCGGCAUGCCGGGUUGCCUCAGCUCGGGGCCAAGUCUUCACCCGCGGCAUGGCAGCUGGAGGAAUCCCAACAGAUGAAGAACAGGCUACAGGUAUGGAGAAGAAAAUCUUGAUAGCCUCCAAAGAUGGAAAAGAUCCUUACAGCAUGUUUAAGCCCAAGCAUUAUGCAGGGACCAAAGAAGACCCACACAUUGUUCCAUCAGUAACAGAUAAAAGGAUUGUUGGCUGUAUCUGUGAGGAGGACAAUACAGCCAUAAUAUGGUUCUGGCUACACCAAGGAGACCCUCAGCGCUGUCCCUCCUGUGGUGCACAUUACAAACUCGUCCCACAUUCCUUACCCCAUUAGUUUUGAACUUCUUGUGAAGGGAACACACUUUUUCUUCAAAGCUAUUAAAUUACUCCAGAAGGAUUUAAUUUUAAAUAAAAGUAAAAUUGUUCAUGGAUGUGGGACGAAAAAUACUUCUGCAAUUCCAUUUAGCUGUUUACUGCACUCUUAAGUACUGUAUGAUGUGCUGUCUCUGAUCGAAAUAAACUGAUGGCAUUUUAAUACUCUU